AUGGCUCCUGAACGUUGUAAUUUGUUUUUAAUCUAUGGUUCUCAAACUGGACAAUCAAAGUCGAUUGCCGAGGACAUUAAAACAAAAGCUGAAUCGUUCAAUUACGACGUCGAAAUGAUGUCCAUGGACGAGUCAGUUGAAAAGAUGCCCUGGAAAGAAUAUAGAUUUCUCAUCAUCAUUACAUCUUCGACUGGCGAUGGAGAUCCUCCUGAAAAUGCAGGCAUUUUUUGGAGGAAGAUUAGAUCAAAGAACUUGGGCAAUGAUUACUUGUGUCAUUUGGAAUACGCUCUGCUUGGUUUGGGUGAUACAAACUACACAACAUUUUUGGGCUAUCCCAAGAGUGUUGAGAAACAACUUCGAAAACUUGGAGCAAAACAGUUUUACAAGUCUGGAUGGGCAGAUGAUGCAGUUGGGUUGGAGAUUGUGGUUGAUCCUUGGAUUGAAAACCUAUGGCCUGCUCUUGAAAACCAAGUGUUAAAUCCACAAACUUUGCCUGACACUAUUCCAGCACCUGAUACUCCAGCAGAGCAGUCAUCCGUUACCACUACCCCAGAACUUGCAGUAGUUUCUGAAGUUGAAAAGCCAUUGACUGUGUCCUAUCAGAAACAGGAAGAAGAACUGGAAAAAUGUGCUGUAGAAUUGGCAAAUUUAAAAAUAUCUGUAUCUCCACUUAGUGAAUGUGAUCUAAAAGUCCCAGUUCUUCCAGUUUCGUAUUUGGAAUUGAAAUUCAAUUCUGAGUUGAUGUUUUUCCCUGAGGACGUUUUGCGAAAGCCGAUGCCUUCUUCCAGAACCCCUGUUUUUCAAGCAAAAAUCAAAAGCCUGAAACAACUUACCAGCGAAAAGGCAGCAAAAACCACUUUGGAAGCAACGUUGGAAUUCUCUCCAGCUGAAAUCGAAUACCAACCCGGAGACUCGAUCGGUGUUUGUUGCGCCAACUGCCCAGAAGAAGUGGACGCACUCCUUCACAGAUUAAAUAUGACCGAGCAAGCUGACAUACCAUUCAAAUUAAGAGUCAAAGAAGAAUUUGCUGCAAUGAAAUCUGGGACCAAACCGAAAUAUGAAGUCCCUUCUCACUUACCCAAUUUAGCCACAUUAAGGUUUGUCUUGACUCGAUGUUGCGAGAUACGAAGCGUACCCCGUAAAGCAUUUAUUCGGAUUCUAGCCGAGUUUUCAUCUGACGAUGCUGAAAAACGUCGACUCUUGGAACUCUGCAGUCUUCAAGGAUCUGACGAUUAUACGAGGCUUGUCCGUCAGCCCGAGCUCAAUGUCUUGGAUUUUCUGAAUACGUUCCCUUCUUGCCAUCCUCCUGUUGAGCGUCUCCUGGAACAAUUGCCUCGUCUAUUGGCACGACCUUAUUCAUUAAGCUCGUCACCGUUAAAAGAUCCAACAUCAGCAAGUUUUAUUUUCAAUGUCGUUGAGUUCCCCAUUCAAGACGGACGGACUUACGAAAGAAAAGGAGUCGCCACUGGCGAAUUGUCCCGAAUGUUGGAUAAAAUCAAGAAUGGCCCUACCGAUUCUGUUGGUCCCAAUGCGAAUGGCCGUGGAUUUUCCCUGUCCGUAUUCUUAAGAACCAACAGCGGAUUCUCCUUGCCGAAGAGCUCAGAAACUCCUCUAAUUUUGAUCGGGCCAGGUACAGGAGUGGCGCCUUUCUUAGGAUUCCUAGCUCACAGAGAGGAGCUCGUGAAAAGGGACCCCAGUCUUACUUGUGGUCCCAUCUGGCUUUUCUAUGGUUGCAGAAACAGGGAUCACGAUUACCUCUUCAAGGACGACCUGGAAAGGUGGCAUUCGAUGGGGAUCUUGACAAGAUUGCUCGUGACUUUUUCCAGAGAGGAUAAACCUUCUCAACCUAAAUAUGUCCAGGAAUUGAUUCAGCUGUAUGCCGCUUCAUUGGUGAAGUUGAUUGACAAGGGCGCUUGCGUGUACGUUUGCGGCGAUGCCACAAAUAUGGCCAAAGAUGUUAUGCAAGCAUUCAUCGCUGCAUUCCAAAGUGGCCGCCAAUUGGACGAGGAACAAGCGAAGAAGGCAGUUGUUCAACUCCAAAUAGAAAAGCGAUAUUUGCAAGAUAUCUGGACUUGAGAAAUCAUUUCAUUUCAGGUCACUUUCAUUUUAAUUUUUUUUUUAGUAUAGUUGGUGAUCAAGUAGUUUGCCCCUUUCACCCACUAAUGCGCUCACCCAAUCACCUGUUUGUCAAGUUGUCGCUUGACGUUAACGCUUUACGAUGUAUUUCAGUGACCAAAAAUGCUCGGUUGUGCCAAAAAGAAAUCCGACCAAUGUGCUGCGUAUAUGUCAGACAAAGGACACGUAUAUUUUUUUUUUUGACAUACACACAUUCAAAUGAACUGAAAAUGGAACUGUACAGUUACAUACAGUGAAGAAGAGAAGACGUUGAAGCCUAAUUAAAUUUUAAAACUGGUUGUCGA